UUUCCAAAGCUCUGAUUAAGCAGAUGGUUAUCAACAUUUGGCCAUUACAAUAGUGUGGCUUGUGUCUCUCUACAGAAUUUUUCUCAGAUCAAGCUGGGAUUUCUGGUUUAGAGAUGCAGUCAAAUUCCCUUUAUGUAUCUCAGAGUACAGUAAGACAAGAAUUCUGAGGGAGCUAAAUAACUCUUGUCUACAGUACAACAAUAUUGUCAUCUCUAACUUGUUUCUGAAUGACACUAUGUUAUGAAGAAUAUUGUCCUUUUAACUGAAAUAUUGGCUGCCUGGUAUAAUCUCUGGAAAGAACACUUUUGGGCGGCUGAAGGAAAGGCUGGAUAUGAAAUAAUAAUCUAGUGCAAUAAAGAUCAGAUAGGCUGAAUCUUAUGUAUGCAAAUAAAUUUCCAUGUGAAGACUCCAAUCAUGCAUGUGCACUUCAGGAUCACUUGUCCAGACAUCUGGAAGAUUAAGUCUCUACCACUUUUACUUGUUUGUAAUAGCAUCCAUUAAUUAAAGCUCAUACAUUUUCAAAUGAGAGUAAUAUUCUUCAGAAGGAAUGUUCUUUAGCUAGGAUGGCUGAUGAACCCAAACAGAACUGACUGGAACUAGGAAAAGAAUAGGUAGGUUUUACAUUUUGGUGUAUAUCUCUAGAAUGUAUGUAAUAAAAUUUGUUACACACUUAAAGCAUAUAAUAAGGUUCAACAAAUGCAUCUUUCAGUCAUUUGCGUUUCUGGUGAGAGUAACUGUGUCCCAUUUAACAGAGAGUUAUCACUGUAUGGAGAUGGGAAGGAGCAGUCAGUUCAGGAGCAGCAAACAGAGGCUUGAGGCAACACCUUUCACUGAACCACAGGAUACGUUGUAUCUCCCACAGUGCAACAGCCUGGAAUAUCAGUAGUUAGCAAGAGACAGAACUGUCUCAUGGGCCUAUGGUCCUCAUGGCUAGUGUUUUCUGUACAAAAUACUGGUAAUCAAACUACAUUAAAUGUGGUACAAUGAUGCCAAGGGAAUAAGUGACCCCAAGAAGACUAAAUGAACAGUAAGUUAACUAAGUAGAAGGUUUAAUGUACCAGAAGGAUAUGAUUAGUUUAAUGAAGGAGGCAAGAGGAAGAAACAUCCUGAUUGCUCUUUCAGUUUCUUUUCAAAGAGCAAUAAAUACUUGGAACUAGAUUAUGUUUCUCCUGAAGAGACCACAUUGUCAUUUAUUACAGACUAAUGGCAGAUGUCUUACCUAAUUGUUUUGUCUGAAGUGAGACAUUCUGGCUGAUAUUGGGCCAUAGGAAGAAAUUAAAUGUCUCUAGACUUUAUAAAGUACUUCACAUCCUGAGGAUUUAUCUUUUUCUAUGGCUGUUCUUGAAUCUUGAGAGCUAAGACAGUGCUGCUGGGAGAAGCUUCUGGUAGUACUCUGGAUUUCUAAGUUGAAAUAUGCAAUGGCAGCAGCCAGUGAAUUUUGGGACCUGAAGUCUUCAGGAGAAGUCUUAGGUGUAGCUUUGUGAUGGUGAGAGGCCCCCAGCAGGAGUGUUCUUCAAUCCUGUUCCCCUUACAUAGGCAACUAUGCUUACAUAGGCAGCCUUGGGACUCAGGAUUUGCAUGUGGGCUGUGUGUGUGUUAUUUCUGACUUGCUAUGUAUUCAUCUCGAGACUGAUGAUCGAUAUCAAGAUGUGAAAUGCUACUUUCAGAGGUUUGGGGUAUUUUCUCAAAUACAGGAGACUGCUUCCUUCCUUCCGACUAAAGAACUUGGUAGCUAAUUGAAAUCUAAAUUCUAAGAGAAAUCAGCAAAGAUAUAAGUUAACAUGUUUAAAAUAACUCUUCAGUUGAGGUGGUUACUACAGGUACUUUUUAAUUCCAGUGUUGGCUAUUUCUAGAAGUUGUUUCUACCUUCACUAGUUGUCUAAGACAAGAAAUCCCUUGAAAACGCAAUAGUUUAAUUUUCUUUAGCUUCUCUUUUUUUUUGCUCAGAGGUUUCUGUAAUACACUGUAUAGUACACACUUUAAGUGAGCUUGAGUCACUGAUGUAUUUUUUAUUCUGUUUUCAAAUUGUGGCAAAUUUUUGGACAUUUUAACAUUAUGUAUUUCUUCGUAAUUCUGGAACAGUCUUUCUCUUUAGCUGGUAGAAUUGGUUAACCAGGCUGGAGAUGCACAGUACCUGCCCUGUGAUAGUCACUUUUAGCAGCCUUAUCCUGCUCAAUCCAUUUUUCUUUUAGGAUCUAGUGUGGUGAUACAUGUUGGAACACUGCGGAGUUGAGAGGUCAGUAAAAAUUUGUCAGUCAGGAAUUCUCUGUUGAGGCCAUGCUUUUCUCUGCCUUUCUUUGAGUCCUGGAGCUGAAUUUAAGGAAAGUGUAAUUCUUGGAAAAAUAGAGGAAGGAAAGCUUUUUCUUUCUCAUGAAACUCGUGAAAGGUAAUGGGAAACUAGGCGUGUUUAGCUUUGAAAGCAAAAGAAGGGUGUGUGGCUCAUUUUGUCACUUUCUCAGAGUCAACAAGACAAGAGAAGAGUCUUGAAGCAUUAGUGACAGGAUGUGACUUCUGUCAGCUGGACUAGCUCUUUUCUUCUUAACCUGUAUCUGCCUUCACCUUCUUGAUUGUCUGCCUGAUGAGAUUCAGUCUUGCUAUUUAGCUGUGACUGUAAGGUAGGAACUUCUGUCGGGGGGAAACAAAGCUGGUUAAGUAACUGCACCUAAAAAGCACUUACUGCAUGGUUUGCUACCAGAUGUCAGCUCUACUCUUUGCCCAUUCUUUCACAAAAGGCCUGAGAUGAUAAAGAACGUGCUGAGCAAGUUACCAGGCCAUGGGAAGUGGCAAACAGCUGAAAAUGGGGAGGAGAACGAGAUUACUGUUUCAAAUAGUCUUGGAAAAUGGAAGAUGUCAUCUGGAACAAAGCAGGUAUCAGUGAGUAUGAAAGCUCACUGGCUGUUUGUAGGCUGGACAGAGUGGAUAUGUGGUGGUGGAAGAUGAAGUUAUGUGGAAAAAAAACAUGAAUUUUUGGAUAAUGAACAAAUAAGGAUAUAUUAUCAAGUUGUUAGAAAGAGGGUAAGCACAUGGGCAAGGAGCUUGAAAGUAAUUUGAACUAAUUUCUUGUUCUUGUCAGAGUUGGUUGGUCCUACAGUUGGUCCUACAGUUUCAGCUUCUGACUUCUUAUGUGAGAUGGAGACCAGUUGCAGGGUGUUCAGAGGAGAGCAAUGGUUUAGAAAGUGGUUUAAAAGGAAAGAUUGAAGAUUGAAAAAAAUUAGAAUUGUCUUGUGAUUCUAGGUAGAGAAUCUGGAGGCUGUCUUUUUGGGCUUCUAUCUGUUUCACUUUUUUUUUGGAUUGCUGCUAAGUGUAAAUCCUAUUCUUUGAUGAAGCCCACUGCUUCUUAUUUGCAUUUAUUUUUAAUAACAUCACAGCUGCAGGAACUGCUAAGAAAAAAUGUGGUCUUCCUACAGGUGCACAAAUGGGAAAGUGAGAGUGCGCUGUUUGAGGAUGUUAGUGCCUGACCAAGUAAAAUCCAUGUAGCUCAGUACUUGCUACUGUCAGAUAAGAAGGGGCUGUUGGCAUAAAUAUAGACUAGUAGUUCCUGUUUUGCUUUUACAGUAUAGACACAUCUUGAAUUGGAACUCUUACUGUUCUACAGAUCUGUUUUUAAAAUGAGUUUUUAUAAUAAAUUUGUACUUCUUUGUUUCAUGGUCUCAGAAAUGUCUUUAGGCAUUGAAUUAUCUAAUUUAAUUAUUUUCUAGACAAAGAAGGACAUAAGAGCAACUUUUUAAAAAUUUCAUUUGAUGUUCUCGAGUUCUUCUGGAAAACACUUCAGGCAUUUGACAUAGCAUAUCACUUUGUGCUACAAUGAUUUUUCUUUGGGUGUACUUUGAUUUUACACCUGUCAUUCUUACAUUUUUUGUGAGCUAAAAAUUCUCUUUGUGUGUAAGCUGCUCCAUGCUAUGAUCAAUAUUAUCUAUAUAUUUUUUUGUGCUUCAAGUUUUUCUUUAGCUAGAAGAACUUCAACAAACAGGGGUACCACUAAUCUGUCAGCAGCAUAAGGCUAUGUUAUGUUUUCCCUUCCCUUCAUUAAAAAAUAGUUUAAUAUUCUGGAUGGUUUCUAACCUGACUGCUUGAAAGCACUGAACAAAUGUUUUUGAAGCUAUGUGUUCUGUUACAGUUUUUUCUGGCACUAUUUAAUAACUCCUACCAGUGUAUUAUGUUGCAUUUAUUGACAUGUGACUUCAUCUGCUGCUUUCUGUGCUUGCUGCUCAGUGUUCUGAGGUUUUGCAAGUUUUGUAAUGGUUUGUUGGUUUUGAUGAAUCAGAAUAAUUUUGUAUAAAGCACAGAUGCUUCUGUUAUGAUGUGUAGGCAGGUAACCAUUCUGAAGAGCAGUCCAAGCCCAGGCACAGAUUAUGAAGAGGCUUCUGAGCUCUUUCCCCUGUCAGGCUUUGUCUCUUAAUCUUACCCUGCAAGGUCUUCAGUUCUCUAGUAGCUUCCUAUCAGAGACAUCAGCAGAAACUUCCUACUUCCAACACCUUUUGCCACAGCAUCCUUGAUGCCUUCAUAGAACUCUUCAAGUUGUGGCACAUGAUUUUGCUCUGUAAAAGCUGCGUUGUUCUUUUUUUCUUUUGAUUUAUUCUAGUGUACAGAUUCUUAGGCAUGGUUUUAACCAUCUUGUGCAGUAUCAGAGUCAGACUGUGUUGUGCUUCUGAUUGCCUUGUCCCAUCUGAGGAAAAAUUUAUUUAUUUUCCUCUCUUGAUACUUCUUUGCUUGGCUCAACUUAAGCCCAAGUUUUUGCAGAAUUAAUAUUUUUGAAAUUUCAAUGCUUUGGCUCAAGAGUGUUGGACUGGUGAAUUCUUACUGAUAAUUUGAUAUUUUUAAUUGCCUCUUGGAUGCUUCAUUUUUAGAAAAUGCGUUAUAUAUCCUAAAUCUGAAGAGGAUCUAAUUUGGGGAUUGGCCUUAACUGUCUUGUUAGUAAUUUCAGAAAACAACAGAUCAUCUAGGUUUUCUAUUCUGUCUUUAUCUUCUUAUGAAUUUGUCUUUUAUACCUUCAUUAGCUAGUGAAUUAUUGCAUUGAGGUAGCAAGAUGUUUGUAACUAUCAGAUUCUGCUAUGUUUGAGCUCAGAAAUAACAGUGGACAUAUUGUGAGAUUUUAUUGCCUUCUGGCAGAUGGCUGUGCAAUUCACUGGAAAGCUUUUAUUAUGAUUCCAUGUACUAGCUAGUCUAUGCCUGUCAAUUAGACCUGUAUUGGACUUGCAUUACCAGCUUUAAGUUCUACUAAUGACCUGUGUACAGAUGAAAAAAUGCACAUAGGUAAAAAGUUAAUAGUAACAGGAAUUCUAAGGAAAAGUGGGGUUUGCAUUUAGUUUUCUUAUUGACAAAAUUCUGCACUCCAAAAUACGUGAUAGCUCAGUUCUUUAAAAAGAGAAAUAAAGCUAUGUUGUUGUUUGUGUUCAGGGAGCAGAAGAUAGAACUUCUUUGUGUUGAAGUAGCUCCAGCCUGUUGUUUCAUUUGAUAAAUGGAAAUUUUUAAUGGGCUUCAUUUUACCACAUGCAGUUCUUAACAUUUGCAUGAAACUUGAAUGUGCCCAGGUGCUGGUGGUGGUGUUUGUUCCACUUUCAUGAGUCCCAUUUGAAUGAGGAUUAGGAUUUAUGUUCCUGUCCAGUGACUGGUGUUUCUUCUACCCACUUUGUAUUUUUGUUAGUAAGAUGAGCCAAAUUUACUCUAAUGUUUUGCUCUUGCUUGUACUUUUUUGCUAGUGGAGACUUACCCUUGGGCUUUGCAAAUUUGGAACAAAUUAUUUUGUAUCUGUUUCUUAGAAAUGGGAUGAAUUUUAUAAUGCUUGUAACCUCCUGUGGUUUUUUUUUCUCCUUUCGUAUUUACUUGCUGAUCCUUUUCAGUGCCUGAAUCUUAGUAUCGCUUAGUCUUUUCUAUUUUUGGUCAUGGAGAAUAGAAGUUUUGUAUUUAUAUUAGGCAGUUCUUUGUUUCUCAAACAUACUAAGUAACCAGAAGGGAAUACUAAAUAAUGCUGCUUGAAUGUGAGCUACGACUGUCCCUUCUCAAGGUUUUAUGAAUGUGUUUGUGAGCAGUGCUUUGUUUUAAAUAAUGGAGAAUUUGAAAAUAAUUUUGUUUUCUUCACCCCUACGCACUUGUCUUUCUUUCAGUUUUGCUUUAUGUGUUUUUUCCUAUGAGGGCAUUGCUAAACUGUUAUGGAAUGUUUUAUUUGAAGUUGGACAUUGUGGUGUGAGAUUGUGAGUGAAUGCUUAUCAUGGGUCCACACACAGAGAUUAUACAGUAUACCUUACACUUGUAAGUUGUCUGCAAAGCUUGUUCUUUACCAUUCUUUAAACCAAAUAUAUUUUUUCCUUAAUAUAAACCCUCAAAACCUUCUGUGUCAGUUUGCUUCACCUAAAUUGUGGUCCAGAUUUACAAUUUGAAGUUUUGGUCCUGCUAGUCAUCCUAACUUCCUGACCUCCUACUUUUCUAGAUCUUAGAGUAGUUAGAGCCAGACAGAAAUGUAUGUCUUGAGUGGUUCCUUUCUCUCAUUGCCACUUGUUUUCUUCCACUCUUAUGAAUAACUUGGUCUUUCAUAUAACAAAUUUUGGCCUUCUGUGCUUUCAUUUUCCUUAAUAGGUUUCUGUUUUCAUUUUACCAAGGGCAAGAUUCAUAAAUAAGUAAAAUUGUCUUAAUUUUUCAGCUACAGUACACUUGUCAUAAAAAAUUCCAAGAACUUAAAGAAAAAUCUUCUCUUACAUGUGUAGAGACAAAAUUAUUUCUUCACUCAAAAUUAUGUGUACUAAGUGAUAGCAUAGUAUUGCUAGCAGUCAUUUGAGAAAUCUGCUCUUUUCUUUUAGUUGUAUUGUCUGGUUUUUUUGGGUUUUUUUUAAAGCUGGUGUCUGGUAAUCUGAAAAUGCAGGGUAACUUACCUAAGUUUCAGUUUUGCAAUGUAUUUGAAAAUGGUGAGAUAGUUAAAAGAAGUUUGAUAUGUUUUUCUUUCACAGAGUCUCCAGAAAAGAAAAAAAAAGUAUCUUUCAGUAGGUGAAAAUCAGAGGAAGUAGCUGCUGGCAUAGGAAAACUGUAUUAAAGGACAUUUCUGAAGGAAAACUUUUAAGAUGUGGUGAAGAGCCUCUAUUUUCCCCUGUCUGGUAUAUAGUGCCUUAAAAAAUGGGGUUUGGAGGUGACCUGAAGUAUUCUCAUGAUGCUUUAUUAAAACUGCAAGACUGGGAACUACGACUGCUGGAAACAGUGAAGAAAUUUAUGGUAAUGAGAGUAAAAAGUGAUAAAGAAUAUGCGUCCACUUUACAGAAUCUUUGUAACCAAGUAGAUAAAGAGAGCGCUUGUCAAUUGGAUUAUAUCAGCAAUGUGUCCAAGUCUUGGUUGCUUGUGGUACAGCAAACAGAGCAGCUGAGCAAAAUAAUGAAGACACAUGCUGAGGAUCUUAAUUCUGGGCCCUUGCAUAGGCUUACAAUGAUGAUCAAAGAUAAGCAGCAAGUUAAGAAGAGUUUUGUAGGUGUUCAUCAACAAAUUGAAGCGGAGAUGUACAAGGUCACAAAGACAGAACUAGAGAAACUUAAAUCUAGCUACAGGCAACUAAUAAAAGAAGUAAAUUCUGCCAAAGAAAAGUAUAAAGAAGCUGUGGCUAAAGGAAAGGAGACAGAGAAAGCCAAAGAUCGGUGUGAAAAAGCCACUAUGAAACUCCAUAUGUUGCAUAACCAGUAUGUGUUGGCGCUGAAAGGAGCACAAUUACAUCAGCACCAAUAUUAUGAUACUACACUUCCUCUGUUACUUGAUUCACUACAGAAGAUGCAAGAAGAAAUGAUUAAAGCCCUAAAAGGGAUCUUGGAUGAGUAUAGCGAAAUCACCAGUCUUGUAACAGAAGAGAUUGUGAAUGUCCAUAAAGAGAUCCAGACCUCAGUGGAACAGAUAGACCCUAACUCUGAGUAUAAUGACUUCAUAGAUACUCACAGGUCAUCAGAAGUUGUUGAACAAGAAAUAGAGUUUGAUACGUCUUUACUAGAAGAAAAUGAAAACCUUCAAGCUAAUGAGAUCAUGUGGAAUAAUUUAACAGCAGAAAGUUUGCAAGUCAUGUUAAAAACAGUAAUAGAAGAACUUAUGCAAACGCAGCAAACCCUUCUGAGCAAAGAGGAACUUGUUUUGGAACUAGAGAAAAAAAUAGAAGAGUCAUCUAAGACAUGUGAAAAGAAAUCUGACAUUGUACUCUUGCUGAGCCAAAAGCAAGCGCUUGAAGAACUUAAGCAAACAGUCCAGCAAUUGAGAUGCUCUGAGGCAAAAUUUGCAGCACAGAAAGAACUACUGGAACAAAAGGUUCAAGAGAAUGAUGGGAAAGAGCCACCACCUGUAGUGAAUUACGAAGAAGAUGCCAGAUCAGUGACUUCUAUGGACAAGAAGGAUAAAGUGUCAAGGUUUGACACUAUACGUCAUUCCAUAGCUGGAAUUAUAAGGUCUCCAAAAUCCAUGUUGGGUUCAUCAUCGUUCUUUGAUGUAAUCUCAACCACUGAGAAACCAUUGGCUGAGCAAGACUGGUAUCAUGGUGCAAUUCCAAGAAUAGAAGCCCAGGAGCUGUUAAAGCAGCAAGGAGACUUCUUGGUGCGAGAGAGCCACGGGAAACCUGGUGAAUAUGUCCUUUCUGUGUUUUCAGAUGGACAACGGAGACACUUUAUCAUACAAUAUGCUGAUAAUCAAUAUCGUUUUGAGGGAACUGGCUUUCCAACUAUUCCUCAGCUUAUAGAACAUCAUUACACAACGAAGCAAGUUAUUACAAAGAAGUCGGGUGUUGUUCUGCUUAAUCCUGUUGUUAAGGAUAAGAAGUGGGUUCUCAAUCAUGAAGAUGUCACGCUGGGGGAAUUACUGGGCAAAGGUAAUUUUGGUGAGGUGUAUAAAGGAACAUUAAAGGAUAAAACCCCUGUUGCUGUAAAAACUUGCAAAGAAGAUCUUCCUCAAGAACUGAAAAUAAAAUUUCUGUCUGAAGCCAGAAUACUCAAACAAUAUGAUCAUCCUAAUAUUGUAAAACUUAUAGGAGUUUGCACUCAACGACAGCCUAUAUAUAUUGUUAUGGAACUUGUUCCAGGAGGUGAUUUCCUGUCAUUCCUAAGAAAAAAGAAGGAUGAGCUGAAAACCAAACAGUUGGUGAAAUUUUCAUUAGAUGCUGCCUCUGGUAUGGCAUAUCUUGAAUCUAAAAAUUGUAUACACAGAGACCUGGCUGCAAGGAACUGCUUGGUAGGUGAAAGCAACAUCUUGAAAAUAAGUGAUUUUGGGAUGUCCCGGCAAGAGGAUGAUGGCGUGUACUCAUCAUCAGGCCUAAAGCAGAUUCCAAUCAAGUGGACUGCUCCAGAAGCUCUGAACUAUGGGAGAUACACAUCUGAGAGUGAUGUAUGGAGCUUUGGAAUCCUUCUGUGGGAGACCUUCAGUUUAGGAGUGUGCCCAUACCCUGGAAUGACCAACCAACAAGCAAGAGAACAAGUUGAGAAAGGCUACCGAAUGUCUGCACCACAAAAAUGUCCAGAAGAAAUAUAUAAAAUAAUGCAGAGAUGCUGGGACUACAAGCCAGAAAACCGGCCAAAAUUCAGUGAGAUUCAGAAAGAGCUGUCUUCAAUCAAAAAGAAAGUGACAUAGUGAUGAAGAAGUGCCAAACUCAAUGUCUGGGACUUUAUUUUCCAGUGAAGUAAUUGUUUCCCUCAAACACUAUGCAUUUAUAUACCAUUAUUUGCAAUAUUCUUCUAGGAUUACUUUGAAAUUAACUGGUGUACCAUCUUGAAUGGUGCCUACACCUGCAUUAAAGAUAUAUACUGCGAAAUGCUAUAUAUCUAGUCACAGUAGUACUGUAAUUUAGGUUACAUGUACAUAGGAAAGCACAUACUAUAAAUUUAAGGGACUGUGGCUUUUUUCUGUUUUACAGCAAAUAAAUGCUAGUGACAUUUUCAGAAGUAUUCUACUUUAAGCUGUGCUCCCACUCUGCUAUCCCUGUCCUGUAUGUCAGCAUAUUAAUGUGGGGAUUGUCAUACAUGUUGGCCUUAAAACUCAAGACAGUUUUGACAAGUAUUUCAACUAGAAGCUUUUUUUUAAAUUCUUUCUACAUCUAAUAUAUUUAGGUGAUACUUGGUUUGAAGCAUGAAGCUCGGUUAGAUUCUGGAUGCAAACAUGCUUACCAAAUGGAAAAAAAUCCAGAAUUUUUGGUAGUUGAAUUACUUGUGCAUUUGUUACCAUACAGUAGAAAUACUUCUGACUUUUUAUGUGAUCUAUUUAAAUAAUGCCUUUUUUCUCCUUCAGUGCCAUCAGAAUUCAGUAGCAUGUUUCUUUUAUGGUGACCUAUGUUUAUUUUAGGAAAAAAAAGACCAAUAUAAAGUAUAUUUCUUAGCACAUGUUAAGAAAUACUGCAAACUAUCUGCCUUCCAAAAAAUAUGUGAAAUUACUAGGCCAAGAAAAAGAGGUUUAUUUAUGAUAGCAGCAGAUGACAAAUAUAAUUGAUCUUAGAGGCACUAAAAAAAUAUGCUGCUAGAUUUGCUUUUGACCCUGAUUUUUUCCCUUAAAUUGGUAGAAAUUCUCAGAACCCAGCUGGAGCAUGCAAAAGUUUAUUCUGAACAAAAGAGCAUUUCAUGCAUAGUGUCCAAAGGAAAAUACUACUUCUGUAUGGCAUGAGGAAGUUGUGCAAACAACCAAAAGGAAAGAAGUAUGUUUAAAGCCUCUGACAGGGAACAGCAGAGUAGAAAUACUAACCUUCUAUUUUUCUUACAUUAUUGCAAUCAAAUAUCAAAAGACUGGGGAUAAACAAGGUUUAAAUGCACCAAGAAUAUAAACCUUGUGUUUGUAUAUAUAUACAUAUAAAAUAUAUAUUAAAAAAAAAGCCAGAAAGAAUAAAACCUUACUAGAUAGUGGAGGGAGGAAGUGCACCAUUUGUUACUUUGACUCUGGGUCCUCUUUGCAGCUGGAAUUGUUUUCUAGGGCUCCGAAUAAAAAUAGGAACAAGUUACUGUGUCCCUGUCUGAAUUCCAGCAUUAAGGUGCUUAAAAUACUUCUAGGAAUUUACUGAAAUAUUCAGAUCAAGGGAUACUAGUUGCUGCUAAUGCAAGUAAGAAACAGGGAUUGUAAGUAACACAGCAUCUGGAAUGUUAAUUAGCCUUAUAUUUUAGUGUUACGGUGGGAAUGAGAUGUAGUGAAGUCAGUGGCUACAUUACAUUUUUAUUUCUGUUAGGGUGGCUUUUCUAUUGUCCACAUCAUCUUUUGCUCUCUAAAGUAUAUUUACAGUAGUGCUGAGUGGUGGUUUAGGGCUAUAUGUGACCAAAAUAUGUGUAGGCUAGAAGAAUUUGUCUGUUACAUAGGAAUCCGUGUCCAGCUACAACAGUGAAUGGUUGUGUGGGAUCACAUCACCUGCAUUUGAGGUGGUACUGUCAGUAUCCAGCUGUAAGGAAUGGUAAGUGCUUCUUGCAUUUUGUUAAGUGAUUUUUUUUCUUGGAGAUAAGGAAGCAUUUAUAUACACAUACCCAUUAAAGUGUAGUGCUUGGAAAACUUGGUGGCUUAAAUUAAAACUUCAUUGUAAGUGUACUGGAUAUAUUUACUUAGUUCUGUACUUCAAGUAGCCCAGAGAUAUUUUUCAAGAGCAGUAGGAAACGUUCUUGUUAGCUUGUAUGCUUCUAAGUAGUACACAGAGUCUGUGCCUUAAUUUGCUAGUAUGCUAAUGCAAGUGCAAGUGUACUAAGAUCUAAGAGAUGUUUCACAAUCACUUGGGAAAACCCAUCCAACAGCGUUUCCUUACAUAUGCAUCCCUGAAGUCUGCAAGUAAGGAUGACAGUGUCAGCAUUCAUAGCUUUUCUGGAGAGUUAAUAUUCUUUUAUUAGAGAGAUGGACUGUUUCUUUGCCAUGUGCCCUCUUGACAGCAAGAAAUACUGCUUCAACCAGAUAAAAUGAAAUACUGUUUUAUUCGUCAUAAAUUAACCAGUCACCAUUCUGACUCUCAUAGAAGGAUAAAAACAGUACUAACAUUUUAUUCUGGAAUUGUUAACCUCCAUACAUAUGUAUCACAUUUCUGUUUAAAUUUGAAGUCUUUUUAAAACAGAGAAUUUCUACAGCAUUGGAAAAAUUUGUUACUGUUAUUGAAGUAGGCACCAGUUCAGUUCAAAACUAGUAAUACUUGGGGAGAAUACCAGAAUGGCUUUGUAAAUAUAGAAUAAAUUUCAACACAGGUACAUGUCUUUUCAAUUAUUUAAACUUUUUGUAGCAUUCAUUUAACAGUUUGUGGCAGAAUUUAUUUGUCAUGUCUGACUUGUAAGUGUUGAAACUAUUCAAUUUAGGAAGUGGACUCCAUACCUAUAGCUACUGUAGGCUUCUCACAGGAGCAUUCACAACCAAGCCUGCCAUGCCAUGAAAAUUAAAAGAAAGACAUGGCACUGAAGAAGCAAAGCUGCAAUAUCUUCUCAAUAUGGCCUUUUGAUGACUUAAUCUUGCCAGGUUAAUAUUACCAGGUUAGCCAGGUCAUUUGGCUCAUGUACUGUGUUUAGGGAAGUUAAAAAGAGAAUUUACAAAGAAGUUAAGCUUCAGCCUCUUUGGCAAGCAUGGAUUUCAGGUUAGGUUGUUACACUGGCAUUGUCACAACCAGAGGGACCCCGAGAGAAUCCUGAAUUAUUUUGUGUUGUUAAAUGUAGGAAACUCUAAAUACUGUUAUCCUCAGCUUGUAAUGUGAGAGGGAUUUCAACAGGUUUUCUCUUAUUUUCAUGGUUUUCCUAGCAAUUGCAUUCAUUGUUUUAAGAAAAUUGCUUUGACAGCAAGAAGUGCAUCCUUAGUUUGUUUUUAGUAGAAAAUUAGUGCAUAUUUUCUUCCAAGUCCAGUCCUCAGUGAAGUCAUAAGUUUUUCUCAGCUUCUUUAUUUUAUGAAAAGUAAAAUAGGGAAAGUAUCUUGUCUGGAAACAAACCUUGGUUCAGCAAAGGGUGGUAAUGUAGUGUUAGCAUCCCACAAAGGCAUUAACUUUGAAAUUAGUUCUUUGAAAUUAGUGCAUUUUCAUUAGUUCUGUAAAAAAACAAUGAACAAGCUUUUUGUUUAUCAGCUACAGUUAUAUUGCAUUUCUUCUUAACAAAAAUAUACCCUUUUGCAGAAUUGCUUAAAACUUUUUUGGAAAUUGUUAUUGGGAAGUGCAUCACCAGAAGGCCAUCAGUGAGAACUGUAGCUGGUAAAGCCCAUUCUCACUGACAGGAAAGAGAAAACUGGUUAAGGAAAUAUUAGGUUAUUCAUACUCAAGUAUUUUUUCAUUAAUGUCUUUGACCACCUGUUAUGCUUACUUAAAUACAAGCGCAUGAUUAAACUUGACUAUGAAGUUACCUAUUUGUUAUCUCUUUAUAACUGUUUUGUUACCCCUUUUGCACUCAUUGUAAAGGUAAUAAAAAAAUCAAAAAAGAAGAAAAAUCCUCCACAUUUUUCUGAGGUUACAGUGUAACGAAGGCUCAGAAGUAUUUACAAAUGUCUCCCCUCCAGUUUUCUCAGAUGUGCUACUGCACAAAUAUUAACAACAGUGAUGAAAUACUAGCCCUGUUUCCAGUAUUCUUGCUGUUAUAUCCUCUAAAUGUCAGUGCUACUCACAGACUUAAGGGAGUGCAAUAUUUGAAGACCUAAGCUAGUGUGUAGAUAGUGUCAUCAAACAUGGUAUUCAGCAGUUCUGAGAAUAAUUGAUUGUCACAAAUAAUAAAUCAUUAUAAAGAUUAAAUAAAGAGAAAGAAGCUGAGAGAGUCCACUUUCUGUAACAGCUGUCCUCUUUUUAGGCACUAGAAAUAUUUGUUUGUGCCAGUGCUCUUGGAUUUGUAACAUUUUUAUGGCUAAGCAUAAAAUAGUUUGCUAUUAAAGGAAGAGUUUGCCAAUUAAUGUUUUCUUCUUGUAAAGCACAAAAGGACUUCAGAUAUUGUUGGAAGCUUUCUUCCUAGGCUAGUCAGGCUACCAAUGAAGCAAUGCAUUUUUUUCCUCUUAGAGUGGUUUUCAUGCAGUCCUUCACUUCUAGUAAUUAGUAAUACAGGACCUCAAUUAGUAAUCAAAAGGUGCAUGGCAAGCACAGGGCAAGUCCAGUAUUCCUGAAGUUCCAAACAACCAUGAGUUUUUAAGAGAUCUGAUAAUUUGAAAUAUCAGCUCUAUUGAAAAUGUUUUCUUUUACUCCCCUUUUGCAGAUUUACUGAAAAAAAUAAAAAAGCAGUCCUUAAUAACCAGCAACAACUUACUAGGAAAGUUAAUCAACCUCAGGAGCCUAUCAAGUUUUUCUAAGAGUAACUAUUCCUUGGGGUAGCUUCCCAUUAUAAACACAUAAAGUUUAAACGUGGAAAGCUUCUUCAAAUGGAAGAAUCCAUUCACACGUCACAUUAUGAAAAGUCAAGUAUUACUACCAUUUAUUUCCUCAAAGUGGUACUGAACUGUUAUAUCCAGCUCCUAUAUGAAUUGCAGAGUUGCCUUUUAGUAUGUUAUUAAUACCAACUUUACUUUGCUGAGACUUGAAAUUUCAAACAAGGGAAGAUUCUCUCAUUGAAAAUUCCAGCAAGAUCUGCCUGUAGCUCCAACAUUUUUGCGUAUUUUCACAUCCAGUUAUCAGAGUCAUUGUGUUCAUUGUAAUAAGUACCAUAUAGAACAGGGCUGGAAGCCCCUGACUUUAAACUUUCAGAGUUUGGACCCUAGAAUCCACCUUGAUUUCACUUCUCUGCCAAAUAAGCAAAAGAAAUAUCUGUUUUUCAGCCUUAGUACUACUCUAUAAAACAGAAAGUUUCAGAGGUGUAUUUACUAUUCUCUCCCAGGGAAUGCUACCUCCACCAACAACCCUAAGUUACCAUUAUUUCCCCUUCUCUUUGAUAUAAAAUUUCAGCUGAAAUAUAUGUCCAAGUAUAGAACUUGGGUGUUAACUCAGAUUUAUUUUCAGGCAGUUGUAUAUUAUUGGCUAUUUCAGACUGCCAUUUUCUCAGACAUCAUAUAGGCAGGACUUAAAUUAGAAGUUUCAGAUGGUUUAUUUGGGGGUGGGGGUGUGAGCUAAACAACUAAUCAGUUCAGUAGGUAAAUGGUUGUUUUGUAGGUGUUUGAGAUUGUAGCUGUGGAAGGGUGGUGCAUUUAAAGAUCUCAGAUCCAUAUGCCUUCUUCAAACAAAAAAAUUCUAGGCAUAUUUAGAAAAAAAUGAUAAAUAAAACCCUUAAAUCUAGUUGACUGAGGUAAUGAAUUGAAAACAUAGAAGAGCCAUGAACUAGAUUCUUUCUUCCUCUGUCUCACAGAGUGGAACACCUUGUAAAUACAACUUAAUUGAUUUAUUGUUUACUGAUAAAUACAGCCUCUGAAUCAGUACAGUAACAUAGGAUUCACACUGAGCAGAGAACACUUGGAAGGAUCCUGAAUUGCUACUAUUUGGAUCUGUUGUCUAGUUUUAGAAACACAAAUGUUUAUAGAUAACUACUUAAGUUUUGUGAAUACAGUAAGUAAGCCAGCCCUUGAAACUCUUCAUCAAUAUAAGGCAAUUAGACUUCUUAAAACAAAAAUCAGAACAGUGAUUCCCUUUGCAUUACAGAUAUUGAAAGUAUGUGCCAGCACUUUCCAUUACUAAAAAAAAGAUGCGCUGUACUCUUUUCAGUCAGCUCAGUCUUUCUCAACAUAUGAAGAAUUCCUUUGCUGUUACAUGCAAGUAAUAAUGCAGAAUUCUUGGAUAACUGAUACAUAACCAAUUGACUCUGAUCUGUUGCCUCAAUUCUCAAAGAAUCUUUCUGCUCUCUAAUGAGGGUUGCAGCAAUCUUACACUUCCAGCUGAGCUCUGCUGUAAUAAUCUUUACUGUUGCAUCUCUCAAAUGUUUCCUAAUUCUGAAGGCUCCAUGUAUCACAGAUGGCACUCUUUCACUUAUCAAAUGAAAUUAUUCUGGUGACAGAAAAGUCCAAAUACACUCCUGCUGUUGUUUAAUUAAGAAGUAAUGUGGUGAUGUUAAACUUUAAAACCUGGGGCAGUGGGUUUGUAUGAAAAUGGAAGUAACCAUGAAUCAAGGUAAAACAUAUUGUUCAAAUCACAUUUUUAAUGAAAUUGCAGACCCUAGCUAUAUUACAAAUUGUCCACAUCAUAAGAUACAUCAGAGAAACAACAUUUGUUACUGUCUGGUUUACAAUACUGAACAUCCUGCUCCACACAGGGAGAAUUAAAGAGCUAAAUAUGCUCCUUGACAUUUUGCUGUGGCUAGAUUGGAACAGCGUCUUCCAAAUCAACAGCAAUUACUUAAUUCCACCUCAGCCUUAUUGUGAACUUCCUUCUUCUUAAACAGACCUUUCAGACAGUGUUAAUUUUCACAAUUUUGCUUUCAGGAAUUUGAAUUCAUUAUGUCAUACAACAUUUAUUUACAGAAAUAAUUGUACAGCCCCACCACUAUUAAGUGCUGAACUCUGCAAUUCCAGGAGAUAAGCAUUAUUGUUGUGUACAGGGAACUGCUCUUGCACUGGUUUUCAGUUGAAAUGUCUGUUUACAUGUCUGUUUCCAGUGUUAAUUGUACCAUUACCUGUAAAUCACAAGUUAAUUUGUUUUUUUUAGAAAGCUUCCCACCUAGUUUUCACUAAAAUGCUGAAAACAUGUAAUACGAAAAAACUCCAUGAUACAGGUUCAUCACACAGGACACAUAAGGCAGGCAGACUCCUACAGAGAAACACUGAGGAGUGAAAGCCAGCAUUAAACACCUGCCUUGUACCUUCUGUUAAAGGACUUCCAGGGAUGAAACUGGGGCUGGGGUUGUAGGACUGCUGAUUUUGAAAUUGCAUGUGUUGCUUUUCCUUUGUGUAACUGUUGGCAGCUGGAGACAGAACAGGGGUGUUAGAGAAGGAGGGAAAUUCACAUCACUGGCUUGCCAUCGCAAGCCAGACUUUUGUCACCGGUAGCCUUGAGUGGACACAGAUGCCAUUUGCAGAUCUCUUUAGGUAUCCAGUUCUCAAUUUUGUGCCAAAAUACGCACCAGCAAUAUCAGGUAAAGCACCUUUUAUGCUCUUUGUUGUUUAAAAAUAAUAUAUUUGUGAAACAGAUCGAUAAUACAUAACACUGGAAAUGGGUCCUUCUUCCCUAAAGUACAUGUAAAAUAAAAUUAAAAAAAAAAAGAAACAACAUUUGUGAAUUUAUCUGGCUUUUAAUCAAGUCUGAAAAUUAUAACUAUGUUUUACAGUUGUCAGUUGUCGGUCCUUUAUAAUUUUAAAUAGAUCUGCAUUUUAACUUUAUUUAUUUGCCAAUUUUUAUAUACUUAAAGUUACACUUUAGAACUCAAGCUAACUUUUUAUUUUCCUAGGCUGUUAUGUAAGAGAUUUUCAGUCUUCUUGUAAACUGCAGACCUUUUUUGAAUAGUCCUUUGUCUUCUCCUUUGGACCACUUACCACUAAUGAGUCUGCAGUCCCCGUUUAACUGUACUCUUCCAAUAAAUGUAAAAUAUUUGUAUCAA